CCGUCUGUUGUGAGCUCAUUCUUAUAUUUGUCUGACAUAGAAAUGGACAAAUAAAUGACACAAAUAAAUGAAAGUUUUGAUUUGGUUUCAGAGUUCGUUGUAUUGACUGGACUGUUUGGUCGUUCAUGUGAAAUCCAGGUCAAAAUUCACGGAAAUGAAGAAAAAAGAAUGAUGUACUUCUUUAAUAUUUUCGCUCGCGUCUUAAUGUUCGUCGGCUUCUUACAGUUAACUACAGUUUACGAAAGAAAGAUUGAGAACGGAGAUAAUUUAAAUAUCCAAUGUGAUGAAUCGUGCUCUAACUGGGUCAUUGAAAUGCGUUCAGCUGAAUUUGGUGUUUUGUUAAAAGAAAGGGGACGAAAUUGAAAACCAUAUGGGAUAUCUUCGAUGGAAAAA